UGGCAAAAGAUACACCUGACUCAGAUAACGAUACAACAUGUGCUGAAUUAAAGGCUGACGAAGGAUACAAAUCCUCAGUGAAUAAUGGUACCAUUAGUCGUAGUUGUAGCAGACCAAUGUCAAUUUGUUCGGAACCCGAAAAGAAAUGGGUGGACGUUGUGGCAGUUCCCCUUAUGAUGGCGUACGUAACGCGUUACAUUUACGGCACCGAUAAAUUACGACCCAACGCCUUUGAAGUACGUGGCAUAAAUGGCACAUCGACGGGCAUAAUACACUGUGAUGAUUUGGCCAUUUUAAGCCAAUGGCUGAAAUUGAUUAACGACAACGUUGUCGGCCUGACACAUUUACAGAUGAAACUUUAUAAUCGAAAUUUUGCCGUUGGUGAACGGAUUGAAUACAUGGGCUGGGUGAAUGAAGGUGUCAUCAAUAAUAACAUUUCAUGGCAAAGUUAUAAGCCUCGAUUUUUAAUAUUGAAAGGCACGGAAGUUAUGCUGUUCGAAACCCCACCGCUUAAUGUUGCCGGUUUAACGAAGGCCUUAGUUGUUUACAAAGUCUAUCAAACCAUGUUUCGUGUUGUCAAGGAAUCUGAAACGGUGGACAGUCGCCAACAUUGUUUUCUGCUGCAGAGUGCCGGCCAUGAGCCGCGCUAUCUAAGUGUUGAGACACGACAAGAGCUAUUGCGCAUCGAGAAUAGUUGGAAUGCAGCCAUAGUAACGAGUGUCAUUAAAUUGGGGCGCAAAACAUUUGCCGUCUCGCAUCAUGGCAAAAGUGGCGGUCUGACGUUGGAUUGGCAAACGGGAUUCGCAUUGGCUGAGGGUGCCGACUCGGCCAUUGUAUGGCAGUAUAAAUUCUCACAGCUGCGAGGUUCCAGCGAUGAUGGCAAAUCCAAGCUGAAGUUACAUUUUCAGGAUCAUGAGACGCGAGCUAUUGAAACAAAAGAACUGGAAUGUCAAGUACUGCAGAGUUUGCUAUUUUGUAUGCAUGCGUUUCUGACAGCUAAAGUUGCUUCAGUUGAUCCGGCCUUUUUGAGUUCUAUACAGCAGACUUAGACAGCAACUACAACUACAACAAAAAGAAUACAAAACUCCUGAGGCUGAU